UCAAUAAUUGAGAAAUCUAUUUAGGGUUUGUUUUGUUUUCUUCUGUCUUGCUUGUUUGAUCAGCAGUGGAAAUUUUGGAUUUGACCAAUUCUUUGUAAUUGGUGAGCUUUAGUUUGGGAAAUUGGUUUUGCCAAGCAGGAUCAGUUUUAACGUUUAGCCAAAUUUCUUAUUUUCUUUUUUUUAACUAGGAGAAAGCUAAGAUCUUUCUGUUUAUACAAAGUAAGUAAUUGUUCUACUUCUUUUUAAUUUCCAGGUCGUCGGAGGCUGCACUUUGCCCUUAGAAUUAAUUGAAGGUGCAUACUGCUACACGCAGUUAUGGGAUUGUGUUAAUUCAUCACUUAAAUCCUUCUAGUUGCAUUGUUGAAUCCACAAAUCUGAAUUUUCUGUGCAUUUUUGUAUUUCUAUUUCUCGGAUGAUGGGUUGGUUCUUUUGCGAUUGCCUCCCUAUUUAGUACCCCUCUUCCUAUUUAGGGGGUUGAGGCGAGAAAUGGCUUGAUGAACCGUUCCGUUCACCAUGCACCAGCUCCAUUCACUUGCUUAUUAUAGAGGCUGUAAGUACACAUUGAGUCUCCGUAUCAGUCAUUGCAGGAGUAUUUGCAACAAGCUUGUUUUAAGUAAGCAUGCUAAGAUAAUAUAGAGGUCUAGCACCACAAUCCACCUAGACGCGGCCAUCAUAAAUGGUUCGUGCGACGGCGGCGGAGACAGGGGUCAGUUUGGCAGUUUAAAAUUGGGUUCAAGUGAAAACGAAAGUACAUAACAGUGGCAGGAUGAACCAGCUGCUUGGACGUUUGGCGAGUUUUAUGAGACAAUCCAUAUUUCAUGUUCUACGCAUGGGUCCCAUUCCCAGUCAUCUUUCGUUCAUAAUGGAUGGAAAUCGGAGGUUUACUAAGAAGGAGAACCUGAAACCAGGGGCUGGUUAUAGGGCUGGGUUUUUAGCUCUUAUGUCCAUGCUUAAGUACUGCUAUGAGUUGGGGGUGAAGCAUGUAACUAUUUUUGCCUUUGGCAUUGAUAAUUUUAAAAGGCGACCUGAUGAGGUUCGGUUUAUAAUGGAUCUGAUACUGGAGAAGACUCUGGGGUUGCUCAAGGAAGAAAGUAUAGUCCAUCAAUAUGGUAUUAGAGUACAUUUUAUUGGUAAUUUGAAGCUUCUAGAUGAGCCACUCAGGGUUGCAGCAGAAAAGGUUAUGAGGACUACCUCCAGCAAUACCAAGUUUGUUCUUUUGAUUUGCGUAGCCUAUUCAUCAACUAAUGAGAUAACCCAUGCUGUUCAACAAUCUUGUAAAGAGAAAUGGAAUGAAAUUGAGCCUUCCAACUAUGAUAAAGUUUUCAAUGAUCUAGUUAAAGUAGAAGUUGGUAAGAAUAUAGAUAAGGCCAUCAUGUGUGGUGCUGGAGAGUCCUGCAAAGAGGAAGCAGAUGAACUCCAAGCAGCGAAAGCAAAGCCAGAAAGUAAUGGUGUGACUAAAGGAGUUGAAGAGAUUUUCAAUGAACACAGUGUCACUGUGAGUACUGUCCAAAGAGCUUUCGGAGACAAAGAUAGAGAAGGUCAAGCGCUGUGGAGUAUUAAAACCGGCGACAGUAGGAUUCGAGAUGAAGAAAGGGAGAAAAUGCAAUCUCAUUCUAUCAUAAAGCAGGUAGAUCUCGAGAAGCACAUGCCCAUGGCAGUAGCUCCUGAUCCUGAUAUACUGAUCCGAACAUCAGGGGAGACCCGUCUGAGCAACUUCCUACUUUGGCAGGCUGGUGACUGCCAAGGGUAUUCUCCGGAUGCAUUGUGGCCAGAGAUUGUUCUGCGACAGUUGGUGUGGGCGGUACUAAACUUCCAGUAUAAUUAUGCUUAUUUGGAGAAGAAAAAGAAGCAGCUGUAGCAUUUAUCUUUCAAGGUGUUUGGAGGAGGAGGAGGAGGUAAGAAUUAUGCAGUUUUAGCCACACUCAGAGUGCAAAAUAAUGCCGGUCUCACAUGUAAGGGAUAGUUCAGUAUAUACUUUCCAAAUCUCGGAAACGCCAGCACCGGAUUCCUGCCAUUUUCCUGCAAAAAAAGCAACUUUAGAAAACUUAAAUUGCUAAGGUUUGGUGUGUUCACUUCAAACUCAUGCUUUGGCAUGGAGUCCAAUACAGAGUAGUUUAGAACUGUGAAGAUAAAUUCGAUGAUGAUGUAGGGAAAAAAGCAUUCAAAUCAUGGAAAUUAAUAUUUACAAUUUAUAAAAUGCAAAAAAGUUAUAUACA